AUGCCUUUGAAUCUGGGCACCAGCUCUGGGCGGAGAAACCGAGGCUUUCUCGGCGCCGACAGCUCUGCCUUGUCCUCCCAAGACGCUCAGGAUCGUCAUCAGCUCCGCUACGAGCUUGACCUUAACUCUUGGAACCUCCGCAUCUGGGGCGUUGCCGCCUCGGGUUUCCUUACCGACUCAUAUAACCUCUUCUCGACCAAUGUCAUUCUUGCUUCUGUCGCGUUUGUAUACUGGCCACACGGAGGCGAAUGGACUAGCCUCCUCAUUAACUUCUUUACCCUCCUUGGCUCCAUCGUCGGACAGCUGCUCUUUGGCUACCUCGCUGAUCGCUUUGGCCGUACCCGCCUCUAUGGAAUCGAGCUGGUGCUUGUCAUUGUCUCGACCAUUGGCGUAGCUACCAGCAGCCAUGGCUACGGCGACAUGUCAUUUAUCGGCUUGUUCAUCUGGUGGCGCUUCGUCAUGGGCAUCGGCAUUGGAGCUGAAUAUCCUUUAAGCGCCACGAUUACUUCUGAAUGGUCUAGCACUCAGUCUAGAUCAAGCAUGCUUGCCAGCGUUUUCCUUAUGCAGCCUGUUGGACAAGCCCUGGCCCAGAUCAUUGGCUUGCUGGUCCUGAUAGGGUUUAACAACACCCAUGGACUCAAGGCGAAGCGGUGCGGGCUCGAUACCUUGCACGAAGAGGAAUGUCGCAGAGCGGUGGACGGCAUCUGGCGCAUUGUCAUCGGCUCUGGCGCCGUGCCCGCCCUCCUAGCCAUCAUUUUCCGGUUCUUCUUGUUCGACUGCGGCCUCUACAGCCUCGAGGUCAAGAACAAGCCUGCUGUUGCCAUUAUGAAUACGCAGCGUGUCUACGGUGCCCCGCCCGGCACCAACUCAAACAAUGUUCAGAUGAAUCCUACCCGCGGUAUACAGCCGGAAAACUCUGCUGGGCCGAUGCCUGUCCAGUUUUCCAGGGAGGACCUUUACAACUACUUCAUACGGGACGGCAACGGGUACUACCUCCUCGGAACAUCAGCGGCAUGGUUUUUUCUCGACGUCAGCUUCUAUGGCCUCUCGCUCGACAACCGAGGGACUCUGGCUGAUAUGUGGGCUACGUCGAAACCGAAGCCCAUCAACAGCUCACUGUCGUGCUGGAACUCGUCACUGCCGGGAGGAAACUCGACCGUGCCUAGUUGGUUGACGGAGGGGCUGCCCGCAUGGCAAACGGACAAGACAAAGCCGUGUAACACCAUCUACGACGUGCUGAUACAGCAGACGAAGCAGUAUCUGCUAACUGUCUCCUUGGCCUCGAUUGCUGGUAGCGUCUGCUUCAUCUUCUUCGCGAACCGCAUCCCGCGCAAGCCAUGGCUCACAAAUUCCUUUUUCGUCCUGGCCAUUCUUUUCAUCAUCACCGGUGGCAUAUACUACGGCGUCCACCAAGAGUCGGCUGCGCCCGCUACAGUCGUGUUUGUGGCCAUUUGCCACUUCAUGUUCAACAUGGGGGCAAACACGCUGACAUUUAUCAUACCGGCUGAGAUCUUCCCAACGUGCUACCGAUCGACUUGCCAUGGAAUCUCAGCAGCGGCGGGCAAGGCCGGUAGCAUCGUCUCUUUGUUGAUUGUAUAUGGCAUAAACCAAUCAUACAAGAGCGACAGCCGCCAGGGCUUGAUUUUUCUUCUCUUUGGCUCGGUGGCAGCCUUUGGUGCCGUCUUUUCGUGGGCAUACCUGCCCGAUCCACAGCGGUGGGUGGAUGAUGGAGAGGGAAAGAGGUAUCUCGAGACCAAAGACCUCGAAGAGCUGGGUGAGGGCCGCGUCCGGGCCCGGCAGAGCGGCGACGUCGUCACCUUUAGCGAGAAAUGGGCCGACAUUAGGAGGCGCAGGAGAGACACAGCCCAGUUCCGCCGCACAUCUUCUUGA